GGAGUCUUGGAGACAGAUUUCUUCCAUGGAGGUAUGUUGACUCACGUGUCCUGAACUGAUGUGGGAGAGAUAGACGACGAUUAAGAUUCGGCGAAGAUCUCGUGAUGAUAUCCAACUCUUUGACGCCUCAGAGUGGGAAUAAGGAAUAGUACGAGGCUUAGUAGUGUCAUUUCGCUCAAGGGACAAUCUUGGUCAUUGACUCAGAAGCGAGGCAGAUUUUGCAGACUUCAUCAUAAUUGAUCGCAUCUCCGAUUGAACAAAGGUGGUGAAAAAGAAAAAGAAAUGGAGGAAGAAGGGAGGGCAAAAGGCAAAUCGAGCGAAAGAGAAUGAAGCAGGAGGAAAAGGAAAUUUGGGGGUGGUCUCUGUGUGCUGUCUAUGUGUGUGGAAAAGCUCAAUCCCCUCGGCCACAACCUCGACACAACCCAAAAUUCUUCAGCAUCUUUCUUAAAUCUUGUAUAGUAUAAAAGAGAAAGAAGAGAGACAGGGAAGGAGGGCAAAGCCCAGGUGAGCACCGGUGUUUUUCUCUCUGCCCAUAUCCAAGAAGAAGCCUUUUCUCUCUCUUCUUUCUACACUUAGGGGUUGGGAAUGUCUUCUUCUGGUGGCCAGCUUCGAAAGAGGAAACCCAAACUCAAACCCAUGGCUUCUCCCUUGUACUCCCUGUAAUAUCAUUGUUCUGCUCCUUUUCUUCCCCUUUCUCCUUUUGGGUUCACUUUGGCUUGUCAUCAUGUCUCAGACCAACUGGGAAGCAGAUAAAAUGUUAGAUGUCUAUAUUUACGACUAUUUGGUGAAGAGGAAUUUGCAAGCGUCGGCCAAGGCUUUCCAGGCCGAGGGCAAAGUUUCUUCAGACCCAGUUGCCAUUGAUGCGCCUGGUGGCUUCCUUUUCGAAUGGUGGUCCGUUUUCUGGGACAUCUUCAUCGCCCGAACGAACGAGAAGCAUUCUGAUGUCGCUGCGUCAUACAUAGAGACCCAGCUAAUAAAAGCGAGGGAGCAGCAACAGCAGCAUCAGCCGCCGCCACAACCUCAGUUGCAACAGCAGCAGCAACAACAACAGCAACAGCAGCAGCAGCAACAACAACAACAACAACUGCAAAUGCAACAACUUAUACUGCAGAGGCAUGCAGCACAGCAGCAGCAGCAGCAACAACAACAACAACAACAGCAGCAGCAGCAGCAACAGCAGCAGCAGCAGCAACAACAACAACAACCGCAGCAACAGCAACAACAACAUCAGCAGCAGCAGCAGCAGCAGAGGAGAGAAGGUGCCCAUCUUCUCAAUGGUACUCCAAAUGGUCUUGUUGGUGCUGACCUCUUGAGGCCGACCCAGGGUGCAAAUGCCCUAGCCACAAAAAUGUAUGAAGAACGGUUAAAGUUGCCAAUUCAAAGAGACUCGCUUGAUGAUCCAUCCAUGAAGAGGUUCAGUGAUAAUUUGGGCCAGCUACCAGAUCCGAACCAUGCUUCGAUGCUGAAGUCAGCAGGCGCACCUACACAACCUACAGGGCAACUGCUUCAAGGGACAGCUGGAGGUAUGUCGGCAACUCUUCAGCAAGUCCAAGCACGGAACCAACAACUUCAAGUGCCUACUAUGGACAUAAAAAGUGAGAUAAACGCUGUGCUGAACCCUAGAGCUGCAGGACCCGACGGAUCAUUGAUUGGAGUUCCUGGAGCCAACCAGGGUGGUAACAAUUUGACUUUGAAAGGAUGGCCCCUCACGGGCCUUGACCAGCUUCGUCCAGGUCUUCUACAACCACAGAAGUCAUUUAUACAGUCACCUCAACAGUACCAUCAGAUUCAGAUGUUAACUCCACAGCAGCAACAUUUGCUGAUGCAAGCUCAGGCACAGCAAAAUAUAACAUCUACUUCGGCAGCUGAUAUUGAUAGCAGAAGACUGCGGAUGCUUUUGAACAGCAGGAAUAUGGCUCUUGGAAAAGAUGGCCAGCCAAAUCCUGUUGGGGAGAUGGUUCAGGGUGUUGGAUCUCCAAUGCAGGCUGCAUCUCCUGUUUUGCAGAGGGGAGAGAAUGAUUUUUUGCUUAAGCUGAAGAUUGCUCAAUUACAGCAGCAACAACAACAGCAACAGCCACAACAAAAUAGCAAUCAGCAGCAGCUGCAACAGCAUCCACUCUCAAGUCAGCAAUCCCAAAGCAGCAGUCACCAUCUUCAUCAGCAAGAUAAAGUUAAUGGUGGUGUCACUAUGGAUGGCAGCAUGUCAAAUUCCUAUCGGGGAAAUGAUCAGACGGCCUCCAAGAACCAGAGUGGAAGAAAAAGGAAACAACCGGUAUCAUCUUCAGGUCCUGCUAAUAGCUCAGGAACAGCAAACACUACAGGCCCAUCACCGAGCUCUGCACCCUCUACGCCAUCAACUCAUACACCAGGAGAUGUGAUGCCAAUGCCAUUGCAGCACGGUGCCACUUCAUCUAAGCCUUUGGUUAUGUUUGGUUCAGAUGGAACUGGAACACUUACAUCACCAUCGAAUCAACUUUGGGAUGACAAAGAUAUGGGGUUACAGGCUGACAUAGAAAGACUUGCUGAGGAUGGUUCAUUGGACGAAAAUGUGGACUCAUUUUUGUCUCAUGAUGAUACAGAUCAAAGAGACACUGUUGGAAUGGAGGGCACCAAAGGGUUUUCAUUUAGCCAGAUUAAUAAUGUUCGGGCAAGUUCAAGCAAGGUCGCAUGUUGCCAUUUUUCAUCUGAUGGAAAACUACUAGCUAGUGCAGGCCACGAGAAAAAGGCUGUGCUGUGGUAUGCUGAUACAUUGAAGCCAAAGAGUUCAUUGGAGGAACAUUCUCAGUUGAUAACUGAUGUUCGAUUUAGUCCUAGCAUUCCUCGUUUGGCCACCUCAUCAUUUGACAAAACUGUCAGGGUUUGGGAUGCUGAUAAGCCAUCAUAUUCCCUUCGGACCUUCACAGGCCAUUCCAUGUCUGUAAUGUCUUUGGAUUUCCAUCCAAAUAGAGAGGACCUAAUCUGCUCUUGUGAUGGUGAUAGUGAAAUUCGAUAUUGGAGCAUCAACAAUGGCAGCUGCGCAAGAGUGUUCAGAGGUGGCACAAACCAAAUAAGAUUCCAACCCCGUCUUGGGAAAUAUCUUGCUGCAGCUUCUGAGACUAUUGUUUCCGUUCUUGAUGUUGAGACACAAGCAUGCCGUACCACUCUCCAGGGGCAUACAAAGUCCGUGAAUUCCAUAUGCUGGGAUGCAACGGGUGAUUUGCUGGCUUCUGUGAGUGAAGAUUCCGUCAGGGUCUGGAGUCUUGGAUCUGGAAGUGAGGGUGAAUGCAUUCAUGAACUGAACUGUAACGGCAACAAGUUCCAUUCCUGUGUUUUCCAUCCUAGCUAUCCAUCUUUGCUAGUGAUCGGCUGUUAUCAGUCGCUGGAGCUGUGGAACAUGGUUGAUAACAGGACGAUGACCAUUGCUGCUCAUGAAGGCCUGAUUGCAGCCUUGGCGGUGUCAAAUGUCACAGGGGUUGUUGCUUCUGCUAGUCAUGAUAAGUUUGUCAGACUUUGGAAGUGAUUACGUCCUCAUGUAUGUAUUCUUAAUAUCUAUAGAUAUAAAUGUACAUCUGCUUACACUGCCUGACCUCUUAGCUGCAGUUCUUUCUGAUUGCUCAAGUUGCUGGCAUGAGGUUUGCUAGAACUUGUACCUUCAGUCUCUCUUCACAGAUAAGAGGGUAUGCCUUCUUAUCAAUGCUAACAGUUCACUGUAGUCAUGUUAUAAAAAUUAUAGAAUACGGUACAAACACUUCUGCGUUGAA